AUGGAACACAAACCUCUGGGUUCUUACCCUGACUCUGGCAUCGACGUUCUCAUUGUCGGUACCGGUCUUGCAGGUCUGACUGCUGCUCUCGAAUGUAUUCGCAAGGGUCACAAUGUCAGAGUCCUCGAGCGCAAUGCCACAAUCAACACCGCUGGAGACAUGUACUUCAUGGGUCUCAGCGCUACUAGAUUCUUCAACCACUGGCCUGAGAUGAAGAAGGAAUACGACUCGAUUGGUCUUCAUGAUGCCUGGAUCGAGACCUUCCAGCACUCUGGUCAGCAAAUGAUCAAGCCUCUCAAGGUCGCCGACCGCCUGAAGGCUCAGGGUCUCGACCCUGGCACUCCCCCCGGUACUUUCCAGAUGCGUCCCCUUGUCUACAAGAUGUUCGUCAACCAGGUUGAGUCUCUCGGUGUCAAGGUCGAAUUCGGUCGUCGUGUCGUCGACUACUACGAGGAUGCCGAAACCAACAAGGCCGGCGUUCUUUGCGACGACGGCAAGAAGUAUGAGGCUGAUGUUGUCAUCGCUGCCGACGGUGUCGGUUCCAAGUCUCAGAAGCUUGUCGGUGGUCAGGUCAGAGCUGUCUCCUCCGGCAGAGCCAUGUGGAGAGCUGCUUUCCCCAUUGAGCACCUUGACAAGGAUCCUGAGGUCAAGGAGUUCUUCUCUCUCAUUAACGGCGAGAACCCCAUUGUUCGUACUUGGCUCGGUCCCGGCACCUACGCCCUUACCCUUACCCGCCCUGACACCAUGAUUUGGAUCAUGAACCACGAUGCCACCGGUAGCGAGGCUGAGUCAUGGAGCAACACUAUUGAUUACGAGGAGGUUCUCGAGGGCAUGGACAAGGUCCCCGGACCGAACAAGUGGGCACCCAUCUUCAAGAGGCUCGUGAAGUGCACACCACCAGACACUAUCAUCAACUUCGAACUUUUGUGGAGAAACCCUCAGCCCACUUGGCUGUCUCCCAACGCUCGUGUCGUCCAGAUUGGUGACGCUGCUCACUCUUUCUUGCCUGCCUCCGGAAACGGUGCCACUCAAGCCAUUGAGGACGCCAUCACUAUCGCUUCUUGCCUACAGCUUGCCGGCAAGGACAAGAUUGAUGAGGCUCUUCGCGCCCACGUCAGAGUUCGUUUCAUCCGCAACUCAUGCGCACAGAAGCUCGGCUUCAGUAACGCAGAGCUCCUCCAGGACACCGACUGGGAGAAGGUCAAGCUCAAUCCUCGCAUGGCUGCUCCCAAGCUCCCCAAGUGGGUCUGGAGUCACGACCCCGAGCACUACAUGCACUCCAACUACGACAACAUUGUUGACGGCAUGAAGAAGGGUAUUAGACACGAGGAUGACGAGCGUGUCCCUCCUAACUACCCUCCUGGUUACCGUUACGAGCCAUGGAACAUCGACGAGAUUAUGGACGCCAUGAGAAACGGCAGGCCCGUCGAGCUUGGCGCCGGUGACUGGGACUAGACGUCUCGAAAACUUC